AUGACCAGUCUGGGACAGGCAGAUGUUGCGGAUCAAUUCAUGUAUGAUUACGAGAAAGGGCAGACUGCGAUUUUGAAUUUGGAAAAGAAAGUCGAAGAUCUAGUGAACUCUAAUGACAGUUACAGAAUAACUGAAAAAUAUAAAAAGCUGAAAGAAUCUAUGAAAGAAAACGAAGAGAAGAAGUGGGAAAAAUUAACAGCCGCCAAUAUAGAAAAACAAAAAUGGAAAACAGCUCACGAUAAAAUCACAAAGGAGUUGGAAGAUCUAAAUGAGCGUAUCAAUGAGUUAGAAACUGAAAACAGAGAUCUUAGAGAAGAGGUCAAACUAAAGAAUGAAAUAGUGUCCAGCCUGAAAUCCGAGCUGGACGAAUCUCGUGGACGAUUGGAGGAAUUAGCAUCCAAUCAAAUGAAGAAGAACAACGAUGAGUAUAAAGUCCUAAAGAAGACACUAGAGAGACACAUUGAAAUGUUGAAUGAUUCUUCGUCGGCCGCAAAAAUCUCCUUGGCUGCAGAUCCAUGGCAGAGAAACCUAUCACAGUUUGAUGUGGACAAAAACGAAUGUGAAUACUAUACGUCGUAUAAGGUUAACCAGUUUAAGACGUACGAGAUCGUGUGGCAUGGCUACGCCAUCAAAGGGUGUGGGGUGGGCUUCUACGCCGAGGGGGACAACAUCUUCUCCUUUGAUGAUUACAAGAUCUGUGUUCAGCCCAUCGUCUGGAAAAUGUCAGACUGCUCAUCAAAACUCUACCUGAAAUAUAACGAUGUCAAGAGUGUAUUUUGCAAUGAAAGAAUUCCGCAGACCCAUUGCAAUGAUCCAAAUAUGAACUUGGAUAUUGAGGUUAAAAUGCAUGAUCUGUAUGCCUGGAAGGUGAAUACCACCAGCUUCACAUUGAAAGUAUACGCUAAAAAUACCACAUAUUAUGGAAUAGGACUGUUAGCGGCCUGUGCGUUGCUGUGGGUCCUCAUUGUAGCUCUUUGUACGUUAGUCAGAAGACGGCGUUCUAACAGAGGUCACAGUCGCAGGUCAUCUACCUUAUAUAGUCUAUCAGGUAUUGACAAUAUCAACUAUACAACAUCAGAGGGUCCAUGUCCGCCGCCAUAUACACCACGUGACGACCAUCCCUUACCACCUUACUCUACAGAAGAUCAUCACAAGGGAAAUAAUCCUAUUUCACACAUCUAGAUCUUACUUUCCAAUAUAUAUAUUUGAUAUAUGUUUAUUUA